AUGUGCAAAUACUUGGUCAACACUUAUCCGUUUUUACUCCAUGUCAUUGACAAUGAUGGUGAGAAUGUUUUACAUGAUGCAGCCUGGGGUGGUAACGUUGAUCAAGUUAUGUUCCUCUUGGGAAAAGGCUUAGAUAUUAACAACACUACAAAUGAUGGGAAAACUGUGCUUCAUAUGUGUUGUAUGAACGGAAAGAUAGAUAUAUGCAUAUACUUGGUCAACAAAUAUCCUUACUUACUCCAUGUCACUGAUAAUGAUGGUGGGAAUGUCUUACAUGCUGCAGCAUUGAGUGGUAACGUUGAUAUUGCUAUUUUCCUUUUGGAGAAAGGCUUAGAUAUUAACACUUCUACAAAUGAUGGGAAAUCUGUGAUCCAUCUGUGUUGUUUGUAUGGUAAGAUAAAUAUGUGCAAAUAUUUGCUCGAAACUUAUUCUGACUUACUUCAUGUCACUGAUAAAGAUGACCAUAAUCUAUUACAUGUUGCAGCAAACGGGGGAAACGUUGAUCUUGUUAUAUUUCUUUUAAAAAAAGGCCUAGAUAUCGAAAACACGAAUAAUGCAGGGAAAACUGUGCUUCAUAUGUGUUGUAUGAACGGAAACAUAGACUUGUGCAAAUACUUGGUCAACAAUUAUCCUGAAUUACUAUCUGUCACUGACAAUGAUGGUGAAAAUGUCUUACAUGAUGCAGCCUUGGUUGGUUAUGUUGAUCUUGCUAAGUUUCUUUUAGAGAAAGGGUUAGAUAUCAAUCGCUCUAGAAAUGAUGGGAAAACUGUGCUACAUCUGUGUUGUAUGAACGGCAAGAUAGACAUAUGCAAAUACUUUGCUAACUCAUAUCCUUUCUUACUCGAUGUCACUGACAAAAUCGGUGAGAAUGUUUUACAUGAUGCAGCCUGGGGUGGUCACGUUGAAAUACUUAAGUUCCUCUUAGAUAUGGACUUAGAUAUAAAUAGCACUAGAAAUGACGGGAAAACUGUAUUACAUCAAUGUUGCAUGAACAAGAAAGUAGAAAUGUACAGGUAUUUGGUCAACACGUAUCCUAACUUAGUGGAUGUCGAAGACAAAUAUGGCAACAAAGCAUUUCUUAAUGUAAUUUAA